AUGAAUCCAGUCCUCGAUUUGCAGUACUACACGGUCAAUUGCUCGCCGAUGAAUAUGAGAGUGGCAACGCUCAUUUUCGCGGUGGUUCUCCUCUACGGAUGCGUCCAUUCGAAAACCGUCUUCGACAAUGGGAUAGAACCUCUGCAGCCCUCGUUGGGAUUUAAUAACAUACCGGUGUUUGCCAAUAUGCUCAGGAGGAGAUGUCCUGUUUGCGAUUCGUCGGUUUACAGUUACUGCAGUGACAAGUUGUUCCACGACUCUUGCUGUUGCAACCGUCCCAGCGGUCCCUAUGAUCGUCUUCCGUUUCAAUGCCAGUUUGCAGACUGCAGUUUCCUGCACGCCAACAGUUGUCAGGAACACAGACUCAUCACAGCAUGUUGCUGUACCAAUUAUUUAUACAAAAAAUAGAUGAUAUGUACU